AACGGUCAAUUGUCAGUGAUCGGCUAUAUUCUGUAUUUUCAAAAUAUCUCGGAUUUGUAAUAAUAUUUGUUAUUAUUCAAUAUAAAUGGGUUCUUCCUAUAGCACGGAGGUACCGGGGGGAGGUUCAGAAGGCUACCAUGUCCUCAGGGUCCAGGAUGGUUCUCCAGGACAAAAAGCUAAUCUCGAACCAUUUUUCGACUUCAUAGUAGCUAUCGAAAACACUAGACUAGAUCAGGACAAUGACACUUUGAAAACGCUUCUGAAGCAAAACAUUGAUAAAACCAUCAAAAUGCUCGUUUAUAGCACAAAAUCACAGUCAGUGCGAGAGGUCAACAUUACUCCGAAUGCUAGUUGGGGUGGACAGGGCUUACUCGGAGUCAGUAUUAGAUUUUGUUCAUUUGAGGGUGCUAAUGAAAAUGUGUGGCAUGUUUUGGAAGUUCAUCCUUCGUCUCCAGCAGAAAUAGCUGGGUUGAGACCAUUUUCAGAUUACAUAAUAGGAGCUGACUCUAUUAUGCAUGAGAGUGAAGACUUAUUUACUCUUAUUGAAGCCCAUGAGGGUCGAGCGUUGAAGUUGUUUGUGUAUAACAUUAAUGAUGACACAUGUAGGGAGGUUCAUAUUACACCAAAUCACAACUGGGGUGGAGAAGGCAGCUUAGGGUGUGGUAUUGGGUACGGUUAUCUUCACAGAAUUCCAAUUAGAAAUAACGUAGUACAAAAUAAGCCAGCAUACAAUCCACCUAUGUCAACUAUGUUUCAGCCCCAAUCAAACACUGAAAUCAAUCAAGAAGCUAUUGUUGCAAGUGUUCAAAAUCUAAGCCUCACAAACGAGGAAACUCCACUAGUUAGUGUUGCUCCGAGUACAGUUCAAGCUACUCAGCCACAGUUCUUGUCUGGAAUUCCAAUGGUUAACCCCGGAGUGUAUACCCCUGGAACACCUAGUGUGGCCUCACAGCAGCUCCCUCAACCAAAUAUGUCCGCAGCUCAGUCUGUUGUUUCCAAUAUGGCCGCUUAUUCAAGCAAUUUGGCAGAUUCCACACUAACAACACUAGGCAGUAUACCUUCGGCGUCUAAUGUUCAACCACCUGCACCAUUACCAAACUUACCUGGAAUACCUAUGAAUCAACCCCAGCCCUACAUACCGAUAAUGCAAAAUUAUUCACAACCAUCGGUGGCGGAUCCACAAGUACCAACAAAUUUAGUGCCAACUUUCGAUAUGAGUACAUUCAAUCAAGCGCCCAUACAGCCGCCUCCGUUAAAUCCCGGCUUGCCAAUAGUGACCCCAGUAUCACUGCCAGGAAUGCCUUCGAUAACAGUCAGCGCAACUCUGCCCGUGUCCACCAUGCAGGAGAUACAUCAGCAGCAGAUGUUACAACAACAGCAGUCGUUAUCAUGAAUCAUAAUGAGUAAUAGUUAAAUCUUGAGAAUUGGUUGGUGCCUUUUUUGACAAGCUUCACAGUUGUUUGACUUGAAUUUUAUUUUACAGAUUUACUUAUAUGAAUUUAUUUGUAUUUGUUAAAUAUUUGAAACCGUUUAUUAAAUCAUAUAAAAUAAUUCACUUUUCAGUAUAUUCUUGUUUUAGGCAUACUGAGCUUAUAAAAAUAUUGUCUUACAUGUUUAUGUUAUCAUUUGUGUAAGUAACUAUUUAGAUAAAUAUUACGAUAUACAAUUA